AAAAGAACUCAGAGGAGUGAGUGACACACACACAGAGAGAGAGAGAGAGAGAGAGAGAGAGAGAGAAGAGAAGAGUUAAAACCCAUCAAUGAACUGAAUCUCUUGUGCCUUUCAUUUUUAUGGGCGCCUGUGUUUUGGACUCUCUUGGCUCAAUGAGAACAAACAUUUGGCGAGCUGGGCUUUUUACCUUGGUUUUAUUGUGUUCGUUAUCUUCAUCUUCUCCUCUUCUCUCUCCCAAAGGUGUCAAUAAUGAAGUUGUAGCCUUGAUGGGCAUCAAGAACUCUCUCAAGGACCCCCGUAAUGUUCUUGAUAACUGGGAUCAUGACUCUGUUGAUCCUUGCAGUUGGGUUAUGAUUACUUGCUCUCCGGAGAAUUUUGUUACUGAGCUAGCAACUCCAAGCCAAAAUCUGUCAGGUACCUUAUCUCCAAGUAUUGGGAACUUGACAAAACUUCAGAAUGUGCUACUGCAGAAUAAUAUGAUAUCAGGGCCAAUACCACAUGAGAUUGGGAAACUUGCAGAGUUAAAAACUCUUGAUCUCUCCAACAAUUUCCUCAGUGGUGAAAUCCCCUCCUCUAUUGGCAAUUUAAAAAGCCUUGAAUACUUGAGACUUAACAAUAAUAGCCUAUCUGGGGCAUUUCCAUUGUCUCUGGCUAAUAUAACACCAUUAGCAUUUUUGGAUUUGUCUUAUAAUAAUUUGAGUGGUCCUGUACCCAGGUUUCCAGCUAGGACAUUCAACAUUGUGGGCAAUCCCUUGAUUUGUGCAACUGGUUUGGAACAGGAAUGCUCCGGCACAAUGCAAAUGCCUAUGUCCUUCAAUGUUAAUAACUCACAAAGUGGUCUACCCCAAACAAAGCCCAAAGGCCACAAGUUUGCCAUUGCAUUGGCUUCCACCCUUAGCUGCAUUUGCUUACUAGUCCUCGGACUGGGUUUGUUCUUCUGGUGGAGACAUCAGCAUAACCAACAAAUCUUCCUUGAUGUCAACGAUCAACACAACGAGGAAGUUUGCCUUGGAAACUUGAAGAGGUUCAGCUUCAGGGAGCUUCAAAAUGCUACAAAUAACUUCAGUAACAAGAACAUUUUAGGAAAGGGUGGAUUUGGAAAUGUAUAUAAAGGUCAUCUUCCCGAUGGAACUCUGGUUGCUGUGAAAAGGCUUAAGGAUGGAAAUGCUGCUGGUGGUGAGACCCAAUUUCAAACCGAGGUCGAGAUGAUAAGCUUGGCAGUUCAUAGGAAUUUACUCAGACUUUAUGGAUUUUGUAUGACUGCCACAGAGAGGCUUUUAGUGUAUCCUUACAUGUCCAAUGGAAGUGUUGCUUCUCGACUGAAAGGAAAGCCGUCAUUAGACUGGAGUACUAGAAAGAGAAUAGCACUUGGAGCUGCGAGAGGCCUCCUCUAUCUUCACGAGCAAUGCGAUCCUAAGAUAAUACAUAGAGAUGUAAAAGCUGCAAACAUACUUCUCGAUGAUUAUUGUGAGGCAAUAGUAGGUGAUUUUGGACUUGCAAAGCUUUUGGAUCAUAGGGAUUCUCAUGUGACUACAGCCGUUAGAGGCACUGUUGGUCAUAUAGCUCCAGAGUAUCUCUCCACAGGCCAAUCUUCGGAGAAAACUGAUGUUUUUGGAUUUGGGAUUCUUCUUCUUGAAUUAAUUACUGGGCAGACUGCUUUAGAGUUUGGGAAGGCGGCUAAUCAGAAAGGAGCCAUGAUUGAGUGGGUGAAAAAGAUCCACCAAGAGAAGAAGCUAGACAUGCUCAUGGACAAGGAUCUAAGGAAUGGAUAUGAUCGUGUAGAGCUGGAAGAGAUGGUGCAAGUAGCUCUCUUAUGUACACAGUACCUCCCAGGCCACCGGCCAAAAAUGUCAGAAGUGGUGAGAAUGCUUGAAGGAGAUGGUCUCGCAGAGAAAUGGGAGGCUUCUCAAGGACUCGAGCCACCUCCAAAGUUCAAGGUGCCCGAGUUCUCAUCUUCAGAGCGUUACUCUGAUCUUACUGAUGAUUCUCUGAUGUUGGUUCAAGCAAUGGAGCUCUCUGGACCAAGAUGAUUAUGAGAGUAAACGGAAUAAUUUGUACAGGAAAAUUGGGAGAGUGUGUUUUUGGGUGUGUUUAUUUAGUGAAGGGAGUGGUAUUGUAUAAUGGUCAUGAACUCUUGUGAAAAUAUAGCAUAAUGUAUAACUAAGUUGUGAUUAUUUCUUGGGGUUCAUUGAUACCGAUCAUUUCAUUUA